GCCCUCUUCGCUCGUGCGCGCGCUCGCAGUCUCCACCACCCACCAGCUCAGGCACCAGCAGCAGCGCCGCCGCCGCCGCCCACCUUCUGCCACCGACACCACAGCCACUUUCUCCUCUGCUUCCCUCUACUGUCCUCGCCCUCUGUCGACUAUCAGGUGGGCUUUGAACCAGGAUGGCUGAACCCCGCCAGGAGUUCAACGUGAUGGAAGACCAUGCUCAGGGGGACUACACCCUGCUGCAAGACCACGAGGGUGACGUGGAGCACGGCCUGAAAGAAUCUCCCCUGCAGACCCCGGCUGAUGAUGGAUCUGAGGAACCAGGCUCUGAAACCUCUGAUGCUAAGAGCACUCCAACGGCGGAAGACGUGACAGCGCCCUUAGUGGAUGAGGGAGCCCCCGGUGAGCAGGCGGCCGCUCAGCCCCCCACGGAGAUCCCAGAAGGAACCACAGCUGAAGAAGCAGGCAUUGGAGACACCCCCAACCUGGAAGACCAAGCUGCUGGACAUGUGACCCAAGAGGAGAGGAGAGUUCCGGGCCAGCAGAGGGAAGUGUCUGAGAGACCCCCUGCUAAUGGGCUUAGCUCUCAGGUCCAGCCUACACACGGCCAAGAAGCUUCUGGGGUCUCCGAGCUGCAUCUGGGGGAGAAACAGCCGGAAGCUCCCGUCCUGGCGAUCUCUCACCUUUCCCAGCAUCAUCCUGUCUGCCAGCUGCCUCUCCCACCAGGAGGGCCUCAGGAGCCCCACCAGGAGUGGGGACCAAAGCGAGGGGAGCAGGCCGAGGAGGGGCUGGCCUUUCCGAAGCCCACCUCCCCUGGAUGUCUCCAGACGGAGCCUGGGAGUGUCAAGGUUGUCCAGGAAAGCUUCCUCAGGGAACCAGGGCGCCAUGGAGGUGAGGCCAUGGACCCCGGGACCCCAGGUCUGACCUGCCAGCACGUGUCUGACAUGCCUGGGGCUCCCAUCCUGCCCGAAGGCCCCAGAGAGGCCACACACCAGCAUUCGGGGCCAGAACCUGAGGAUGCAGACGGCAGCUGCUGCGGCUCUGAGCUGCUGGAGCGCCAGCUUCUGGGAGACCUGACCCAGGAGGGGCCGCCUCUGAAGAGGGAGCAGGGCAAAGAGAGGCUGGGGGGCGAGGAGGUGGAUGAAGACCGGGACAUUGAUGAGUCCUCUCCCCAGGACUCCUUUCCCUCCCAGGUCUCCCCACGUCUGCAGAGCCCCACCACCCGAGGCGGGCCAACCCCCGAGGCAGUUUCCGGAGAAGCCCCUGGGAUCCCUGGUUUCCCAGCCAAGGAUGCCAUCCCCCUCCCUGUCGAUUUCCUCUCUAAAGCUUCUGCAGAGACCCGGGUCUCAGAGCCUGAUGGGCCCGGGGAGGGGCCCCCAGCGGAAGGGCACGACGGGCCCCCCGAGUUCAUGUUCCACGUGGAAAUCAAAGCCAAUGUGCAGAAGGAACAGGGACCUUCGGAGGUGGAUUUGGAAGGGGCUGCACUUCCUGGGGCCUCUGGAGCAGAGCAAGAGCCCUGGGGCCCCUCUGAGGGCGAGGACACAAAAAAGACUGACCUUCCAGAACCACCUGAAAAGCAGCCUGCAGCUGGUCUGCCGGGGAAGCCCGUCAGCCGGGUUCCUCAACUCAAAGCUCGCAUGGUCAGUAAAGGCAAAGAUGGGGCUGGACCCGAUGACAAAAAAACCAAGACAUCCACACCUUCCUCUGCUAAAACCCUGAACAAUAGGCCUUGCCUUAGCUCCAAACGCCCCACUCCUGGUAGCUCAGACCCUUUGAUCAAACCCUCCAGCCCCGCCGUGUGCCCAGAGCCAUCUUCUCCUAAACACGUCUCUUCUGUCACACCCCGAACUGGCAGUUCUGGAGCAAAGGAGAUGAAAGUCAAGGGGGCGGAUGGUAAACCUGGAACGAAGAUCGCCACACCCCGGGGAGCGGCCCCUCCAGGCCAGAAGGGCCCGGCCAACGCCACCCGGAUUCCAGCAAAAACCACUUCCACCCCAAAGACCCCGCCGGGCACUGGUGAAUCUGGGAAAUCCGGGGACCGCAGUGGCUACAGCAGCCCCGGCUCCCCAGGCACUCCGGGCAGCCGCUCCCGCACCCCUUCCCUGCCGACCCCGCCCACCCGGGAGCCCAAGAAGGUGGCAGUGGUCCGCACUCCACCCAAGUCGCCGUCUGCAGCUAAGAGCCGCCUGCAGACCGCCCCCGGGCCCAUGCCAGACCUGAAGAACGUCAAGUCCAAGAUCGGUUCCACGGAAAACCUGAAGCACCAGCCGGGAGGCGGGAAGGUGCAGAUAAUUAAUAAGAAGCUGGAUCUUAGCAACGUCCAGUCCAAGUGUGGCUCAAAGGAUAAUAUCAAACACGUGCCAGGAGGCGGCAGUGUGCAAAUAGUCUACAAACCAGUGGAUCUGAGCAAGGUGACCUCCAAGUGUGGCUCAUUAGGCAACAUCCAUCAUAAGCCAGGAGGUGGCCAGGUGGAAGUAAAGUCUGAGAAGCUGGACUUCAAGGAGAGGGUCCAGUCCAAGAUCGGGUCCCUGGAUAAUAUCACCCACGUCCCUGGCGGAGGGCAUAAAAAGAUCGAAACCCACAAGCUGACCUUCCGUGAGAACGCCAAAGCCAAGACCGACCACGGGGCGGAGAUUGUGUACAAGUCGCCCGUGGUGUCGGGGGACACGUCCCCACGGCACCUCAGCAACGUCUCCUCCACCGGCAGCAUCGACAUGGUGGACUCACCGCAGCUGGCCACGCUCGCCGACGAGGUGUCCGCCUCCCUGGCCAAGCAGGGUUUGUGAUCAGGCCCCCGGGGCGGUCAAUAAUCGUGGAGAGAAGAGAGUGAGAGAGUGUGGAAAAAAAAAGAAUAAUGAUCUGGCCCUUCGCCCUCUGCCCUCCCCCAGCUGCUCCUCACAGAUCGGUUAAUCGGUUAAUCACGUAACCUGCUUGUCGCUCACCCCUGGCUCCGGACUUCCAAAUCGGUCACUGGAACGGAGAGCCAAGGUCAUCUUUCCAAAUUGACGGGCGGGCCAAUCAUAAUAAAAUAUUUUUAAAAACCUUUAAAAAGAUGGCCCUACCCAGAAUUUCCUUGGGCAGUUACUUUCGAUUCUUUUUUUUUCCCCCCUCUGAGUGCAAGAGGGAGGAGGAGAGGCUCUGAAAGCUGCUUCUGGGGACUCUCAAGGGCCUGGGGGGCGCCCCAUCCUGGGGGUGUCACAGAGGCAGCAGCGGCAACAAGGGACUCGACACUUGGUGCGCUGGUGGAACCACAGGCGUAGGGCCACCUUUGGAGCAGG